UCUGCAAAGAGUUCACUUCUGGUUUCUGCUCAAUACAAACAUGAAACAAAUAAGUACUGAUUCGUGAACGACUAGCAAGUAAUUGGGAAAUGUUGCACCUGCCCACCACCAUUCAUCUGCUGCAAUGAUCUGGAGGACGACCUAAGCCAUUAAAAAUACUACUUUGUAGUUUCCAGGCUGUAAAGUACACUUGUAUUCUGUAGUAAGCAUGACUCGGCUGGAAGUGUUGUUUGUUUCAGGCGUGGGUGAAUACUGUGAUGACGUCAUAGUAAAACAUGAUUCAGCAGAGAAUGGAGUAGAUUGGAGUAGAGAGGUUUAACCAUGACUAGCAAGUCAACUCAUUGAGAAGACUAGAAUGGCAGAGUCGUGUGACAGUUCACAGCCUGAAGAGCCUGGUGGUGAUUUUAAUCCCCAUGCUGGCUUGGUGGAUGGGGGACCGAAAAGGCCCCAAGGCAAACAGUUCAUUGGUCUUGAAGAAACUCACACAACUGAAAACCCCACAAGCAAGCCAUCCAUGCAAUUGACUGAGCAAGAAAGCCUUGAGGCGUUCACCUUAGUUUGUGCGUCACGUGGUAAACAAGAACGGGACAAGAAAUCUGAAACAAGAUUAGUACGUACAUCAGGCGAAGAUGCAGUACAAGAAACAAGAUUAGUACGUACAUCAGGCGAAGAUGCAGUACAAGAAACAAGAUUAGUACGUACAUCAGGCGAAUAUGCAGUACAAGAAACAAGAUUAGUACGUACAUCAGGCGAAGAUGCAGUACAAGAAACAAGAUUAGUACGUACAUCAGGCGAAGAUGCAGUACAAGAAACAAGAUUAGUACGUACAUCAGGCGAAGAUGCAGUACAAGAAACAAGAUUAGUACGUACAUCAGGUGAAGAUGCAGUACAAGAAACAAGAUUAGUACGUACAUCAGGCGAAGAUGCAGUACAAGAAACAAGAUUAGUACGUACAUCAGGCGAAGAUGCAGUACAACCUUCAUUACAACAUGCAUCUGGCAAAGCUACAGUACAGACCGCAUCACAUCAUACAAUGGGGAACAACAUGCCAAUGAGCAUCAAUAUAGAGGGCUGCAGCAACAUGGCAGUUUUUAUGGCCCCAGUGAGUGGUUCUACAUUCAAUUUCUAUCCCGUUGUAAGGCAACUCAAGGAAGAUCAACCGUCAAGUCAGGCUCCUCUGGAAGAUGGAAGCACUCAUGCCAGGGACAUGGAAGGCCUUCAACCAGUAGGAGACACUUGUCGACACUCUGGUGUGCAGACACAAGUAGGAGACACAUGUCGACACUCUGGUGUGCACACACAAAUAGGAGGCACCUGUCGACACUCUGCACAAAUAGGAGACACCAGUCGACACUCUGGUGUGCACGCACAAGUAGGAGACACCUGUCGACACUCUGUUGUGCCCAAAAUAUUUGAAGGCAGUUGUGGGAAUUCGGCUAACCAAUGCAAUACUAAAUUAACAAAACACUAUAAGCGAACGGGUAGCUAUGUAAAGCUAAUACCUUGGAUUAAUGACGAUAAUAUGCAUAUUAUGGAUAUUUAUGUGAAAUUACAUCUGCAAAGGACUGAAGGUUGUGCUUUAGCCAGAAAUAAAGUAGAAACUGUAGUUGAUUAUGAAAAAAUAUUCCAGAUGAAAACGAGAGAGGGCGAUCUUAUCAAUCGUGUUAUAUUUUGUGGUAUGGCUGGUCUUGGGAAGUCCACUCUAUUUGACAAGAUUACUUAUGACUGGGCUGUAGGAUCAAACGAGUUUUUGAAAAACUACAAACUUGUCUUUCUCUUGAAGAUGUGUGCUUUAGACCAAGAGUCUGAUCUCAUUAAGUCUAUAUUUGAUCAACUUCUUGGGGACAACUCGGGUAUUUCUGAAGAGGAAUUGGAAUUCUUUAUUUUCAAUAACUCUGAAGAAGUUUUGAUUCUAUUGGAUGGUUUUGAUGAGUUGGUCACUACGUCUCUUUCAGAAGCUUCCUUUGGGUCUGUCCUUAGAUCCCUUCGAACAAUGAACUUCGAAGGUUGUAUAGCUGUAACAACUCGCCCUUCUCACAUUGAGAAGUUAAUGGGGCCAUCCCUUGUUCAGAGUCCGUGUACACAUGUUAAAGUGCUGGGAUUCACCCAGAAUGAUGUGAAAAACUAUAUUAAUAAAUUCUACCAUGAUGAUCUUGUUAGUGCAGCGUCGCUUCUUGAGACGAUUAAAUGUUCGGACUCGCUAUCUGAUCUUGCCAAGAGUCCAAUGAUGCUGCUUCUAAUAUGCCUGAUAUGGAGGGAGAAGUCGAAACUUCCAGAAACAUUAUCACAGUUGUACACUGAGGCACUGACUUACAUUUUCAAACGAAAGGGUCCAGGGUUUGAGAACAGCAUGUCCACAGUGCUGGUAGCAAUUGGAAAGGUUGCGCUGAAGGGCCUUCUUGCCAAUGACCAAAAGCUUGCAUUCAGUGAAUCGGAUUUCAACGAGAUGGAAUUUUCUACCGCUUUGAAAGUAGGCAUUUUGAGUAGUCAAAGGGUGUUGAAGAAUCUCACGUCGCAUCAGUGUAUUCAGUUCAUUCAUAAGACAGUGCAGGAGUACUGUGCUGCCAAAUACUGGCAGAGUCUACUAAGGGAUUCCAGAGAGUUUCAGGAGAUUCUUGAUGUCAUAUGCCAAGAAGGGAAGAGCAUUCAUCACUUCGAGUACCUUCUGCGCUUUUGUUGUGGAAGUAAUCAAAGGUGUCUUGGGAAGAUUUUAGAUAGUCUGAGUAUCCGGUUACUAGACGGUGAUGGAGCUUUACAUCAUCUGUUGAUUCAUUGCUAUUUUGAGGCUCAGUUGAUUGAAGGAAGAACUAGUGCACCGAUCAAGUCAUUAGCUAUCCCACAGAUAUGUGUGCAGAAGUUCCACACGGAAUACUUUAAGGCUUUGUUGCAUUUUCUGACACAUAUUUGUAAGUUGGAGGAUAGUAAGAUGCAUCUGGCAAAUAUUCAGUCACUUCACAUUUCAGGCAUUUCUUUAGGAGGCUCUCUGUCAAUGAAGUCACUUGCUGAUGCACUGGGGAACAUGAGUAACCUUGUCUUUCUACAUCUGACCGGGUGCUCAUUAGCUUACAGAGAUGUAAAACUCGUGACGUAUUACUUGAUAGAUGACAAUCAGUUGACCCAUCUAGACUUAUCCGGCAAUGAUGCUCUCGGAGGUGAUGCUAGGUUAUGGGCAGCUUGUUUGAAGAACUUUGCAAGUCUCAAAGUAAUCAAACUGUGUAAAUGUAAUCUACAAGGUGAAGACUUGGAACAUGUUUUGAUGGCUAUUUCCAAGAUCGCCAGUUUGACUGAGUUGGACGUUUCAGGAAAUCAUUCUCUAGGGGCCCGGGGAACGGCAAAUGUCUGGUCGACGUUCUUGCUGGUGACACACUUGGAGUACUUAAGACUGAAUGGCUGUAAUCUAAGAGCUGAAGACUUGGAACAUGUCGCUGCUGCCCUGUCCAAUAUGAGCAAUUUAACCUGCCUAGAUCUUUCUGGUAACAGUGCUCUAGGUGGCUCAGCGGAACUCUGGGCACACCAUUUAUGCCGCUUGUAUCAUCUAUACAAGUUAGACUUGGGAUUUUGCACACUGAAAUACAAGGAUAUAGGAAGCAUUGCAUUGUCUGUGACUGAUUUGACCAAUCUGAAGGUGAUUGUUUUAGCAGGUAACAGGGCAUUAGGUGGGAAGGUUCAUCUGUGGGUAGAUCAUUUGCAUCACAUGCAGCAUGUGGAGAAGCUUGACUUCAGCAAAUGUUCAUUCAAAGGUAAAGAUAUAGAAUAUCUAGCUGUGUGCUUGAGUGAAAGGCGUCAUGUGACUGAGCUUGACCUCUCGAACAACAGUGCCCUGGUUGGCUCUGCAGAAGAUUGGUCCCAGCACUUAUGCCUCAUGACACACGUCCAGAAGCUAGACCUGAGUGGCUGUUUGUUGAUACUUAAGGAUGUGAGACACGUGGCCCUGUCUUUGUCUGGCAUGAGUAAUUUGAGGAGACUUGUCCUAUCUAUGAAUUCCAAAUGGCAAGGGUCAGCAGCAUCAUGGUCUGGCCACCUACAACAUUUGAAGCACCUCCGGGAGCUCUGCUUAAGAUGUUGCUUCUUGACUUCUAAAGACAUUGAGGCUGUUGCUGUGUUGUUGAGUGAAAUGAAGAAGCUCACUCACUUGGAUCUCUCUGCUAACAAUACUUUGGGUGGAUCAGCACACCUUUGGUCCCGUCACCUCCAUCUCAUGAAAUACCUCCAGAAUCUACAUUUAAGUGACUGCUCACUGACAGGUACAGAUGCUGAGCAUAUUGCUUCAGCUUUGAGGGACAUGGCGAAGAUGUCAGAGUUACAUCUCUGCAGGAACACGGCUCUGGGUGGUUCAGCACAUUUGUGGGCCCAUCAUUUGCCACACCUCAAACACCUGCAACAGAUUACACUCAGUUGUUGUUUCAUGACUUGUGCAGACAAGAGUACGGUUUCACAAGCACUGCAUCUAACGACAAACACUCUUUGUGUCACAUAUUGAUUCGGCCGACUCUCUGCUUGGGUGUUGAAAUCUCCAUCCAUCCAGCAUACACAACGUGACAUGCUCAAAUAAUGAGGUGUUAAAGGCAGUGGACACUAUUGGUAAUUACUCAAAAUAUUUAUUUGCAUAAAACCUUACUUGGUAACGAGU